AUAUAUAUGUCUGCCGAGGAGGUUCUGAUUUCUAAAGGAAGCCCAGAACUAAAUCCAAAGACAAGAACAAGAAAACGCAGACUUAUUUUCUUUGAGUAUUUUUUAUUGCUCGUAGUAUAUGAGAGCUUCUAUAUAUCGAAACUUUCUUUUCAGAUUACAUCCAACAACUACUGCCAAGGCUAGUAAGAUUACCAACCAUACCAGGAAUAUCAUGUCUGAAUCAGAUCAAUCCACUGGUUUCAGCACACCCAGAUUGGUGACCAAGAAGGUCCUGGCCAAGCUCCAACAUGAAGGUGAGGGUGCUGUCGUUAGGAGAAGCAUUGGAAGGAGUGAGCUGAAGUUCUUGGAUCCUUUUCUCAUGUUGGAUGAUUUUUCAGUGUCCCCCCCUGCUGGAUUUCCUGAUCAUCCUCACAGAGGUUUUGAAACUGUUACAUACAUGCUGCAGGGAGGCAUCACUCAUCAGGAUUUUGCAGGACACAAGGGUACAAUCCAUACCGGAGAUGUGCAGUGGAUGACGGCAGGAAGAGGUAUCAUCCACUCAGAAAUGCCUGCUGGAGAAGGUGAGCAGAAGGGUCUGCAGCUGUGGAUAAAUCUAUCUUCCCAGGACAAAAUGAUUGAACCAGGGUAUCAAGAACUUUUAAGCGAUGACAUAAAAACAGCAGAGAAAGAUGGGGUUGAAGUGAGAAUUAUAGCAGGGAAAUCAAUGGGAGUGCAGUCUCCAGUUUAUACCAGGACACCAACAAUGUAUCUGGAUUUCACUCUGAAACCUAGAGCUCAAAUGAAUCAAGGUAUUCCAGAAUCAUGGAAUGGGUUUGUGUAUAUUAUUGAAGGUGAAGGGGUCUUUGGCAAGCCAGCUUCUUCGUCUGUAACUGCUCAUCAUGUCCUGGUUUUAGGUCCUGGAGAUGGUUUAAGUGUGUGGAACAGGUCUUCUAAGCCACUGCGAUUUGUGCUGAUUGCCGGACAGCCGAUUAACGAGCCUGUGGUUCAGUAUGGACCUUUUGUGAUGAACACACAGGCAGAAAUUGAUCAGACCAUUGAGGACUACCACUAUAGCAAAAAUGGGUUUGAAAUGGCCAAGUAUUGGAGAUCCCAAUGAGUGGUUUAGAAGCUUUCUGCAAACCAUGAAAGCACAUUACGACUGUUAAAAGCAAAAAAGUAAGAAGAAAUAAAAGACACAUCACCUUCAUCUGUCUCUAUCUUUCAACAUCUGCCUUCACACACAGCAAUCCCACAUAGAAGCUGAAAAGGACGUUUUCUUUUCUCAUUGGAGCAAAAAUGAUUCUAGAAGGUUGAAAAGUGCAGCUGGAGAAGCUGAGAUGAUUAUCACUAAAGUCAUGAUGGGUCGGCUUAUCUUAGUUGAUCUCCUUAUUAUUAGUCUUUUACUUGAAUUUUCCCCUUUUAAUCACACUUUAUAGUGGUAGGUUGAUCA